AUGGUCGUCGGCCAGAUCGCCCAGGCAGCGAUCCUCGGGGCGGCGAACAUCGGCGGAGCCUGGCUGGGUCGCUGCCCCCCUUGCCCGCAGGCGCCGGGGUGCCCAGCGCCUGCACUGAGCUGCCCACCGGUCUCGCUCACCUGCCCGGCGCCCCCGGCGCCGCCGGCGCUGACUUGCCCGCAGGUGACCUGCUCGGCUCCCGCGUGCCCGCCGUGUGAGGCGCCGGCACGCGAGGAGGUGGUGCCGUGCCCCUCGCCGGCCCGCGACGACGCGGGCGCCGACGGCCGCCUGGCCGCUUGCCUGCCGCUGUGGGCCGUGGUGCUGAUCGGCGCGGUGGCCUGGGCCUGCGGGGCUGGCUCGGACAGCAUGUUGGCCGUGGUGUCAUCGUCCGACCUAGUGCCGGGGGACGUGAUUCUAGUCCGCUACGCCGCGGACGAUCUCUGGCAUGAACGAGUGUUGAGCUGGGCGCUGCCCGUCGACAAGAAUGGGGCUGUGCAUUGGGUGGUGGCAACACCCGACGGAGACAUGUAUGUGGAGACGAUCGAGGGGGGAAGCGCCGAGGACAGCCCGGUGGAGUGGAUCCGCCCGGCGGCUGACGGACGCCUCCCUGUUGGCUUCCAGGACGCCGUGUACUCCUUCCAGCGAGGCGAGAUCGACGGGGCCCUCCUAGAGAAGUGCGUGAAGAAGGGUGCCACCAUGGCGUUGAGGGACGCUCGGGAGCAUGGCAUGACCCCUGUCACCAUGACCGUGGCCCGGGCCCCGGGCGGCCGCAGGGUGCCGAUCGAGGAGGUCGUAGGCGCGGGGUUCGUGCAGCCGGCGCUCCGAGACGCUGCGCCUGAGGGCGCGGACACGGGAGGAGCCAUCGUGGCAGGGACUGCUACGCCGAGGACCGGCGUGUGGCGCGUGGUGGAGGAAGGCAACUCGUUGGGCUACGACGUGGGCCGUGAGGUGAAGCCCGUGACGGUGUACAUCGGAUGCAAGGGCGUCUACUCGCCCGACGGCAAGGACCCAGUGUUCGUGGAGUUCAGUGACGAGGACGAGGGCGAUUUCGUCAAGAGGGUGGCCCCGCGACCCCCGCCCAAGGAGACCGCGGCGCAGGAUGCACGCACGCUGGCCAUCAAGUUCAACCCACAGGGCCGCAUGCGAGACUGGCGUGAUGUGGUGGACAGCUGUCAACAGGAGGAGUUCGAGGACUUCCCUGUGAGCGGGCCCCGCAGCAUGAGCUGGUGCCUACACUUCUUACGUCGUCGGCACACCCCCUUGGACCAUCAUCUGAUGUUCCGCAGCACGUGCUCGCUGAAGCCCGAGCAGUGGGGGGUGGCCGAGCACGAGACUUUGCUUCGCAUCAUCGAGCUUGCGGGGCAGUAUGACCAGUUGGAUGUGACGAACCUGGCGUGCAUGGAGGCGGCGGCGCGCAGGGUGCAGACCAUCGAGUGGGCCUACCAUGAUAAGAUCAGGGAGACGGAUGCAGGGUCCACCUCGCGGCAUCCAUCGAGGCGUCGCAUCCUGAGGCGCCAGGCCGUCGCCAGCCUGGCCAACCAAGCGAUCUACACUCUCAACGACUUGGCGGGCAGCGAGCGGGGGUCUUCCGUCUCGCAGCCUGGCGAGGGGCGGGCCCCGCACGGGGCUGUGCAGCGGCGUGUAUAUGCGGCCGCCGCGGCGACGGGCCCGCCGCCAGCUCUCUCGCCCUCGGGAGCCCUGCAGGAGCUCCGGGGGUGCACGGUGUAUGAGGACGUGCAGUCCACCGUGGUGCCCUACGACGAUAUGAAGGCCUCCCUGCCGAUGAGCGGUAAUCGCCCCGUUCCCCUGGCAGAACUUUUUGGGGCCGGUGGUCAAGCUGAAGUCGACGGGUUUCUUGACUCUCAUCUUCUCGAAUCAGAAGCAGCCUCCCACAACCUCAAGGCGGCCCCUCGGGAGACGCACAUGGACGAGGUGCUUCGGAACUCUCCGCACGCGUACCAGCGGCUGGUCAAGAGGCUCGAGAGGGCCGGGAUGAUUGACUACACCGUCCAGCCGCAGGAGUUUUGUUCGCUCUUUUUCGUGAGAAAGAAAAAUGGUAGCCAGCGGUUGGUCGUCGACUGCCGUCGUUCCAAUUGUUGGUUCUCGGCCGCGGACCCCGUCCAGCUCAGCACGGGCGCCGGCCUCGGGAACCUAGAGGUGCCGGACGGGGCGCGGCUGUACGUGGGCCACGUGGAUAUCAAGGAUGCCUUCUACCACUUCGAGCUGCCGGAGCGCGUGCGCAACUUGUUCGCGCUGCCGGCGGUGCCGGCCUGGGUGGCUGGCCUUGCUGAGGUGGGCGGCGUGAGAGUGAGCCCGGGUACUUCGGUGUUCCCGCGGCUUCGAGUGCUUCCCAUGGGAUGGUCGCACGCGCUGUGGGUUUGCCAGACUCUGCACCGCCGUAUCAUCCAGGAUAUCCCAGGCCUCGAGCCAACCUCGUUUCUGCACGACCGAGGGCCAGCGCCUGCGACCACCCCUGCGUGCCACACUGUCUACGCUGAUAAUUUUUUGGCGCUGGGUACCUGCCGAUCGACGGUCGAGCGGCUGGUGCGCCAGGUCGAUGAAGCUCUGCAGUCCCGGGGCCUUCCAACACACGAGGUAGCCACGAGCUCACUGGAGGAGGAGGUUCUUGGGUGGGAGAUCAACGGAAGACUGGGCUUCAUUCGACCUCGACCAGAACGUGCAUGGCGCAUACGUUUAGCGCUGGACGGCUUGCUAGAAACGCAGAAGGUGUCCGCCCGCGACAUCGAGAAAGUGGUGGGACACUGCACCUUCUUAGCCCUCCUCUCUCGGACCUCGCUCUCCAUCUUCCGGUCCGUCUACACCUUCAUCGCUCGUCAUCGUGAUCACGGUACCGUACCGCUCUGGGAGUCUGUUCGCUGGGAACUCGAGGCCUUCAGGAACGUCAUUCCUCUGAUUCGUCGUGAUUUUGGGGCUCCGUGGAGUUCAAAGGUUAUGGCAUCAGACGCUUCCUUCUGGGGCUACGGCGUCGUCUCACGGGACCUCCCUCCGGAUAUUGUUCAACAACUAGGGCGUGUCAGUGAGCGAUGGCGGUUCUCGGGCAAGGCUCAGGUCAGGUCUCGUGAAGGGGUUCUGGGGCCCGACGGGGAGCUCGACACCGGCGACUGGGUGAAGAAGGUGGAGGAGGACAGUCAGGAGAGAGAGGACGCCUUUUCGGAUCUGCCGGAGAUCUUGAAGGAGAGGGGGUGGGCGGUGCUGAUGGGCAAGAAAUGGGAGGCCCCCAUCUCCAACAUCGUUCAGGGAGAGGUGGCCCCCAGGCCGCCCGCGCUGACCUACCCAGUGCAGAGUUCCCCAGUGCUGGUCCGGCGACGGCCGAGGGCGUCCUCGCCGCCGAGUGUGGAAACGAUAGGCUUGUCGCCGAACGUGCUGCCAUGGCGCCCGUUGGGCCGCGUGAUCGGCCGCCUGGGUGCUGGGGCCGCGGGCCAGUUCCCGCGCGACCUGAGCGACUGGAUGAACGAGCAAUACAUGGAGGGCUACGACCACUGGCGCGGGUCGAACAUGAUGGCGGCAGUCGCCUGCGCAGACCCUCGCCCAAGCCGCGGGGGAGGACACGGGCCUCCCCUCUCGCGGCAGGCGCUGAAGGGCUGGCGACUCCUGGCGCCCGCCUCCAGCCGCCUGCCGCUGCCGGUCCAAGUAAUGUUUGCCAUCCUGAUGCAGCUGCUAGUGAUGGACGACUGGGGCAUGGCCGUGUACACCAGCAUGACGGGGGAGAUCGACAAGUCGCUGCUGCUAAACCUAGAGGAGGACCAGUGGUCGGUGCCGCUCUGCCAGCGUCUCGUGCUGGGCCGCGACCCGCAGGAGCUCCUGUUCGCCUUCAGUCAGGCCGAGUUCACGCGGAGCUUCGAGACGGCCGGCGCAAAGCGGCUGCUGCAGCGCCCUCUGCCGCCCUACAUCCCGCGGCACGUGGGCGCCGGCCGCGACUUCGCCGAGCAGCGCAAGACGCUGGUCGGGGCGAAGCGCCAGGGGCGGUGGCACACAGUCGCCGGCGUCGGGCACUACGAGUUGAAGGGCAGAGUGGGCAACGAGUCCGCCAAACUGCCGCUCCGCAUCCAGUACCAGGUACGCUGGUGCCACAAGUACCUCCCCGCGGCGCUCUCCGGAUCGCUGCAGCCACGCGGGUGCCGCGCCCUCUGA